AUGAUGCAGGACGUGUCCAGUUCGCCAGUCUCGCCGGCCGACGACAGCCUGAGCAACAGCGAGGAGGAGCCGGACCGGCAGCAGCCGGCGAGCGGCAAGCGCGGGGCUCGCAAGCGGCGCAGCAGCCGGCGCAGCGCGGGCGGCAGCGCGGGGCCCGGCGGGGCCACGGGCGGGGGCGUCGGAGGUGGCGACGAGCCGGGCAGCCCGGCCCAGGGCAAGCGCGGCAAGAAGUCUGCGGGCGGCGGCGGCGGCGGCGGCGGCGGCAGCGCGGGCGGCGGCGGCGGCGGCAGCAGCAGCGGAGGCGGGAGCCCGCAGUCGUACGAGGAGCUGCAGACGCAGCGGGUCAUGGCCAACGUGCGGGAGCGCCAGCGCACGCAGUCGUUGAACGAGGCGUUCGCCGCGCUGCGCAAGAUCAUCCCCACGCUGCCCUCGGACAAGCUGAGCAAGAUUCAGACCCUCAAACUGGCGGCCAGGUACAUCGACUUCCUGUACCAGGUCCUGCAGAGCGACGAGCUGGACUCCAAGAUGGCAAGCUGCAGCUAUGUGGCCCACGAGCGGCUCAGCUACGCCUUCUCGGUCUGGAGGAUGGAGGGGGCCUGGUCCAUGUCUGCGUCCCACUAGCAGGCGGAGCUCCCCACCCCCUCGGCAGGCCGGAGACCUAGAUGUCAUUGUUUCCAGAGAAGGAGAAAAUGGACAGUCUAGAGAACUCUGGAGCUGGAUAACUAAAAAUAAAUCUAUAUGACAAAGAUUUUCUU